AUGCUGUGUGCUUUCACGCCCGACCUGGCAGUCGACGAUGUCGAAUUCUUGGGCACCGGGGCGGUUUCGAAGCUGACUGUGUCGGAAGGAAAGAAAGAGAGGAAAGAGAACGCCAAGACUGAUCAUUUCGAAACACCUCGAGGACGAAAUGCUGUCUCCCCAAUGCGAACGGUUUGUUUCCGACGAGCUGAACAAGUUCAGCAAGACGAAGUUGUCUUCGAAGAACUCGGUGGAAUUCCCGAAGCGGACGAAGAGAAGUACGCUCGAAGGCACCAACAUCGAGGAGGUUACCUGGCUGCUAUUGCACAUAUAACCUUUCGAAUACACAACUUGAAGUCUUUCUACAUUCACCUAAUAAUCUCUACCUUACUUGUACAAUCUACGUAUGUGUCAAGAGGCUACAUUACAAAUUCACAAUAUUCGGAUUCGCAGAAUAUCGAUAAAGAUCAUGCCACACAUGUGCCGAGAAUUAUUGUUUAUCUAAUGAAACAAUUGGUCCUCGUUUUGAUCUGUAUUUGCCUGAUGAGCAUAGAGAAGCGAAACUUGAGUACUAACAUUUCAUGGAUACUUGCAGCAUUUACUCCUACAGUAAUUGUUCCCACGUUCGACUUGGAACCGGUAAUAGCAGUAAAAACACACGACGUGUUAAUCUGGUUAACCAUAUGUAUUAUUGUGAGUUAUGCGGCAUGUAGAUUACGAUCUACAUGGAUAGCUGGACACGAACUAGCAGAGUUAAAGCGCGUGUUGAUUGAAUUACAUGAUUUUAUUUUAGCUAUGGGUGGAUAUGAUCUAAAUCGACUGAAAAUUAUUUACAGGAAGUCAUAUUUACCUUCAACGUUUAUAUUUCUGUGGGUCUCUCAGUUUAUAUUUGACAACUACAACAAGUGGAAGGUGUACCGUCUGUACUUUUUUGUACAGAAUGCAGAUUAUUUUGGUACGAGCCCAUGGACUUUCAUAGGCCUAUGUUGUACUUGUAUUUCGUUUUUCGAUAUCCUACUGUAUGGUCGUUUUAAUGUGAAUGAAAGUGAUUCGGUGUUGUGUGAGGGGGUAGCGCUCAUUUUUUCAGGUUUUAUAGAUUCAAAAGCUUUUCCGUUUAUAGUGGCAUCAUUCAUCAUUCGGAAUAUCUCUGUUAUGACAAAUCAUUACUUGUUAGAAUUACACACAAGUAAUACGAGAUUAGCCCAUUUUGGGGUUCUUGUCCUUGUAUUUAUUCUAAUUAUUCUAAUUAUUACUCCAAUCGUCAUAACAUAUUACUAUACUCAAGGCGUUAUUGAAGACUUUGUUUUCAUUAUCGCAGCAUACUGUUUAUUAAAUAUGCUUCAUAACUUGUGUUACCUGGUGAUAUAUUUCGUAAUCAGGAUAUACGAUUUCUGUGAAGAACCCUUUGAAUAUCUUCUUGACGAGGCUGUUUCCUGUAUCGAAGGGUUUGGUCAUUUCUUUGAGUUUCUUGUGACUGUAUUUCAUGGGUGCUAUGCAAUUUGGAACUUAAUUUCCUUCUUUGAUCGUGAUAAAAUCUAUCUAGUGCUGGUGUGUUUGGUGUGUUUCUAUCGGAAUAUUUGGGAGAAACCCAGGAGAGGUUGGGAUCGUUUAAAGCAAAUGAAAGUAACAAUGCAGAAGAUAAACAAAUUAAGGCAUGCAACUGAAGAUGAACUUAACUCUUUAGCUGAUGUGUGUUCAAUUUGUCACCGGAAUAUGACGAGAGCUCGAGUUACGGCAUGCCGUCAUUACUUUCAUGGGGCGUGUCUUAAACAGUUGUGGUAUAAUGAUCCAUCGAAAAAUAAAUGUUGUUUUUGUAAUUCAUCCAUCUUUUAAAAUUUGAUUAGUAGCAGUAAAGGAUAACUUAGAUUCAGGUGGAAUGGAUUGGAUUGGAUUUAGUAAACACCUAGGAUAGCCCACGAAAACUUAUUUCC